AGCCGAUCGGUCAAUCCAUUUUUCGAAUUUCUCCCGCGAGCCCAAAACGCGCGCAUUCGACUACCCGCCGUUGAACUGAAAACGUGACGUGAUUCGCGCGCUGUGUCGUGGUACUUUAUUUCUCCUGACAGCAGCAUUGCAAGAAGAAAGGAAGCAUAUCGUAGACGUGCAGUUGGAAAAAAAAAAGUUCGCAACGGUUCCGCGUGCCUACCGGGACCAGUACAAAAGCAGAAAAUCCAGUCAGGUCCAACCUAGCCGAUCGAUCGUGAUCUUUCGGGGACUCGGGGCAUUCGCGACUUAGCGCUACUGUGUGCAGUCAAUUGCGUCCCAGCAGUCUUCGGUACCAUCCGGACUCGGUGCUCUGCAGAGGCAGCCCCAAUUAGCGGCGAAGUGAAAAGUGGAAAUUUGCAGUUGGCAAAGAGGCAAAUUUUCAAGUACUGGCCAAUAAUCUUACAUCGUUGGGCACCUCUUGUGGCGGAAAAAACGCAGCGCUUGAAAAAUGAAAGUGGCAGUUGCAGCGGUUUUACUGAUUUGCAUUGGUGUCAUCGAGGCACGAUCCAAAGCUGAAAAACGAAAAGAUUUCGAGUAUGACUAUGACUCGGCGGGAUCCAAUGCUGGCUACGGAGGCUCGUAUUCACCCAAGUCGGGAUACAGUGCCGGAAGUGGUCUGCGUUCGAUUGCGCAAGGUUCGGCAGAUCAGGCGACAUCGGCCGUAGCCAACCAACAUGCGGCAGCCAAACAGGCUGCAUAUGUCGCGCAAAACACUCUUGCCCAGGCAGCGGCUCAGGCCGCGGCCACCGCACAAGCUGCUCUUCACGGAAAACAAGUUUUACUGCAAGGUCUGGAACAGCAGAGUCUGGAGGCGCAUCAGUCGCUGGAUGCCGAGAUUCAACAACUGCAGCAAGCCAAGCGUUCAGCCAAAGCCGCGCAACAUGCUGCCCAACAGGCGCUGAACCAUGUGCAAGUGCUAACGGCGGCUCUGAACAAUGCUCAGGUCGCUUCGGAGCAUGCACAACAGGCAGCCAGUGAAGCUGCUGCCGAACUUGCAUCGCAAACGCAGAUGGUUGGCUCUGCCAAGGCACGUGUAGAGAACAUAGAAGAACAGCUGAACGCGGCACGUGUCGACUUUGAAGCUACACAGGAGGCCGCCCACAAGGCAGCUUCAUCGGCCCAAGAAGCGCAGAACAACGCUGCGGAAGCUGCCGCCCAUGCUGCCAUCACCCAUCGUAGUGGAACAGUCGCGAUCGAACAUUCACAGCAUCAAAUCCAGGGACACCAGCAUCAAAUCCAGGCUAAAGCUUUCAAACCAAUCCAAGGUCCAAUUCAAGAAGGAGACGACAUCAACAGCACCGAGCAGGACGUCCCACCCAAUAAUCACAAAUAUAACGAUUUCAAGCCUCCAGUUCAGACAUACAACUACCCAGGGUACAAAUAAGGAAAUACGAGUGACUGUUUCAAACAAGCGGAGUGACCUCUCUAUGUUUUAAUAGAAGCGAGAAGAAAUUUACUUAAACGUUUAAUUAUACCAUGAAAAGAGUUCCGUAAUUACCGAUUCGUCGAUUGAUGAGUCAACAAUUAUGGUUGUAGCCCAAUUAAGUGAAAAUUAUUGGGUCUUGUGCACAUACUGAGCGUGACUAGAGAGAAAAGGAUAUUUUCACAACAACAGUCGACAUGAGUUGUUCAAAGGCAGAUUAAACUAAAAUCGCGAGAAUUUGUCUCACAUUAUAUUAUUAGCGUAAACUCGAGACCUUUCGAUUAAUUCGUCCAGUACCUAUAUAGUAGUAAUAAUCUGUUAUGAUUUUACAUUCCUUAGGCCGUUAACUAAAUAUGGUGAACAUUUACCUAAACCACAUUAGUUUUAAGACACUUUGUAUAUUUAUUGACAGAAAAAUUUGGCAAGCCUUCAAGCAUGCACCGUGAACCAAGUAAAACUUUACCGUACAGUACUCUACCUAGAUUAUUUAUUCCAAAAUUGAUUCUGAAUGAUUUCGGUAAAUAAUUUUAAUAUCUUAUUAUUAUAGAAAAUGCUUCAUGCUUUCCAAAAAUCAAAUAAAGUGUAGGUCAUGAAAGAGAUUCCAUUGAUUUCAUUCAA